AUCCUCCGACGCAUUUGUUUUGGGAUCAUUACCUUCCUCUGUUAGAAAGCCUGAUAAUAACUUAUCCCCUAAUGUGGACUCAGUCCCAGUAACUAACAAUUCGGUAAAUCAUAACCCACAAGGGCAACAGUUUCAAAUCAUCAGCGCCGAUAAUAUAUCGGCCAUUAUAAAAGAGGCUGUGGGUGGAUUAAGGAUUACGUUGACCAAGCAAUAGCUUCUCAAAAAGAAGCUACCUCUAAAGUAAUUGAAUCAGUUAAAGUGAAUUUCAAAUUCAUAGGUAACAAGCUUCAAUUUGAAUUUAACAAUUCCCAACUUGAGCGUGUCCAAACUGCGACGAAGGCGAUCAAGAAGGGAGAUAAUGCUUCCGCGAUUUUAGAGCUUCAGAAAGUAGAAUAUGAUAUCCUCAAGCGUAACAAGCUCAUUAGGAUUGUAGACAAGUCUGAAGAUGGUUGGAAGGUGGUUGAUGAGUACUUAUCGGAGGAACUCGCAAGUGAUUCCGAUGACGACAAGAAAAUCAGAGCUGCUCAAAACAGAGCAGCUUCAAAACGUAGGAAAUCGAAGAUUAACAGGUCCAAGGCUACACCCUACAAAUCCCAACGUCGGCCUCAGGAAACUUUCCCUAAUCCUGAUGCUACUUUUCGAAUAUAUAUGCAACAAGGUCGACCUCAAAUUAACCAGGUUCAUAUAUCGAAACCAUUCGACGUAUGCUUCGGUUGCGGCAAGUCGGGACAUUGGAGGAGGAAUUGCCCGAAUACCAAACCCACCAAAGAAGGCACAGGCCUCUAAAGAUACCGGAUUCGCAAUACCUGAAUUAAGCGAAAGAGUCGAAAGAGAUCUGGAAUCGGAGAGGGGAGAGAUGAAUCGAUACUUGUCUUUUCAGACGCCAGCCACAUCGGGUGUGGAGCUUGGUCAGCAGAGUGUGGCGGACUCAAAUUCCAACACAUCUGGUCAGAAGAGCAAGGACAUUGACUUCAAAGACACACUCACAAGAGUCUUAGAAGCUUCCCGGGCAGAGAGCACGGUCAAGAAAUAUAAACGUGCAGUAUAGAAGCAUGGAAUGCGUGGUGAAGAAACAGUGGCACGUCAUGUCAAGACUUAUGUCAAGAAAGCAUUGCAAGGUACUUUAUAUUUUUGUUCAAUGGAGGAUCUCCAUAUAGCAAAAUAGAGACAGCUUUUUAUGCUUUAAAAUGGCAAGUUGAUUGUUCAAUUAAUACAAGGAACAGAAGUAACCCUUGCGAAUCUAAGUUCUUGAAAUUGAUUUUAGAAGGGAUCAAGAGGAUCCUAGCAAGACCGGUGAAUAGGAAAGAACCUAUUACC